ACACAACAAAUUUGUUGGAGAGGUGAUUGGAAAAGGAGGACUUGGUGAAGAGGCUGAUUUCUGUCCCGGGGUGGGUGCACAUCUGGCUCUCACCCACACAUCUGCAGCACAGCUUCCCAGGGGAGUGUCAAGGAAAGCUUUAGGGAGGAACGGGCAGCAGCUGCCUGUGCCUGGCCCUGGGGACACAGGGUGGGUGCCAGGGGCACACCCUCAGCUCUCAGGACUCUGCUGGAGCCACUGCCCUCAACCCUGGUCUCCCCCAACACACAUCGCAGCCAUUUGUUGGGAAAAUCCCACUUUUGGGCAGUUGGGUCAUUAAAAAACCCCAAGCAGUCCCUGCCCAGCAGCCUGAGGUGUUUGCCCCGAGUGUGGAGGUGUGGAAUUCCCAGCAGCACAGACACUCAGCAGGGUUUGCUGAGCUGGCUCCUCUCAGGGCAGGUUGCUGUGGCUCCAUCCAGGAUUGCAGGGAGGAAGGGAAGGAGCUGGGCUGCCCCGAGGCCACUCCAAAUAACCCUGGAGCAGAGAGGCCAGGCUCCCCCUCGUCUCUGCUCCUCCAUCCCUGGCUGCAGGAAUCACUGCUGGAAUAUCUUCCAGCGAGUCCUCUGCCUGCUUCCUGAGGGCUGUUGUGUGCAGCUGCUGGUUGUUUAUUUGGUUUGACUUAGCAAAAUUUUGCUUUUUAUAGCCCAGUGUGGAAGAUGGAGCCUGGAACUCAGAGCUGGCGGCCGGGUUUGGCCCCUGACCUGCUGGCCCAGGUGCCAGGUGCCUCCAGGCAGGGAUGGCAGGGAUGGGAGGGAUGGCAGGGAUGGCAGGGAUGGGAAGGAUGGCAGAGCACGGGGCUGUCUCUUUAAGGCAGAAACGGGAACUCUCUGGCUGCCACUUUGUGGAGUUUAGCCCCGAUCCCUGUUUUCAUUAGCGCUUCAUUUCAUCUCCUCCUCUCCCCCCCCAGCCCCACCUCCUGGAUCGGCAUUUCUGCAUCCUUUGUGUGCAUCCCCAGCAGCAGGUGAAAGUCGGGCUGGCACCUGCACACACCCACUCUCACACCUCCCUGCGGGCUGGACGCUCCUCUGCCGCUGGAGACAUCCCUUCCACACUCCGCAUCUUCCUCCUCCCGGCCGGGCUCGCCUGGGAGCAUCCCGCUCCUCGCCUGAGGCUGCACGGAGCAGCUCUGGCAGCCCGGGACAGAGCUCUGCAGGGAACCCGGCUCAGCUCGGGGGUGACAGCUGAGCCUCGGGGGGCCGGAGCAUCCUGGAGUCCAGAGCAUCCCCAGCGUCCAGGGGAUCCUGGCAUCUGGAAUAUGCUGGGAUGCAGAGCACCCCCAGCAGCUGAAGUAUCCUGAGUGCAGAGCAUCCAGAGCAUCUCGGUGUUGUGUUAUUCCCUGCUCCAGUGCGUCCAGAGCAUCCUGGCAUCUUGAGAACGCUGCCAUCCAGCUCGUCCCCAGGCUCCAGGAGCAGCAUCCAGGGACAUCCCAGAGCAGGGGGAUUUACAGGCACGAGGAACUGCUGUGAGUAAAGGGGAGGGGAGCUCGGUCCUGCUGAUCGGCUCCUGGGAAUGUCACUCUGCCCCGAGUGCCACUGAAGAGCCAGAGUGGGGGAAGAGAGGGAGAGGAGGAGGAGAGGAGGAGGGAGGACGGACCCAGAGAGGAGAGAGAUGAUCCUCCUCCAUCCCCAGGGAUGAUCACGUAGCACAGGCCACGCCGGAGAAGGUCCCCAGCCCCAGAGCCAGCCCUGCCCCCGGCUCCUCAUGGAGGGGGACCUGGGGGCCCCCAAUGCCAGCGUGCUGGGGGAGCACUCCCUGCUGGUGGGCAGCAGCUGGGUGGCCGCUUUCCUCUGCUUCAUCAUCCUGCUGACCACGGCGGGCAACUUCCUCCUCAUCCUCCUCAUCGUCACCCAGCGCUCCCUCCGCAACACCUCCAACUAUUUCCUGGUGUCCCUCUUCAUGUCGGACCUGAUGGUGGGGCUGGUGGUGAUGCCCCCGGCCAUGCUCAACCAGCUCUACGGCCGCUGGGUGCUCAGGGGGGACUUCUGCUCCCUCUGGGCCUCCUUUGACGUCAUGUGCUGCAGCGCCUCCAUCCUCAACCUGUGUGUCAUCAGCCUGGACCGCUACCUGCUCAUCACGUCCCCGCUCAGGUACAAGCUGCGCAUGACGUCCUGCAGGGCCCUGGCGCUCAUCCUGGCCACCUGGAGCUUGGCAGCGCUGGCCUCCUUCCUGCCCAUCAAGAUGGGGUGGCACGAGCUGGAGUUUGAGGUGCGGCCCCUGAACGUCACGGGGCCGGGGGAUGAGGAUCAGUGCCGGCUGCUGGUCAGUCUGCCCUACGCCCUGGUGGCCUCCUGCCUCACCUUCUUCCUGCCGUCCACCGCCAUCUCCUUCACCUACUGCCGCAUCCUGCUGGCGGCGCGCAAGCAGGCCGUGCAGGUGGCUUCCCUCACCUCCAACGUGGCCACCACUGAUGAGGCCACCCCACAGGUCCCACGCGCCCCGAGCCAGCCCCUGACCGGCAGCGAGAGCAGGAGGUUCAGCAACAAGCACAGCAAGAAGGCUCUGAAGGCCAGCCUGACCCUGGGCAUCCUCCUGGGCAUGUUCUUCGUGGCCUGGCUGCCCUUCUUCGUCACCAACGUGGCACAGGUGAGAGCCUGGGGGGGAAUUAUGUCGGGUUUCCAGAAGUUUUCGCUUUGGAAUCCAGCUGGGUUCAAUUGGAGGCACCAGAAGGUCUUGCUGGACCUCCGGGACCAAGGAUGCAAUUCCCCAGGGAACAACAGCAAGGAAAAAAACCCUUCAAAUGGGAUUUUAAUGUUUCCUUUGAAAGGGGGAUGUUGGUGUGCUGGGGAAACCCCUCUGGGCUGGGUUUCUGCUAAUCCCUGCUGUGCCCAUCCAGGCAGUUUGCGGCUGUGUCCCGGCUGGAUUCUUCGAUGUGCUCACCUGGCUGGGUUACUGCAACAGCACCAUGAACCCCAUCAUCUACCCACUCUUCAUGAGGGACUUCAAGAGAGCCAUGGGCAAAUUCCUGCCCUGCUGCCGGCGCUCGGCGGAGCCCCGGCCCAGCGCCAUCUCCCUGUCCAUGAGGAACUCCAACAGCGGCCCCCGCGCUGCCAUGUCCCUCAAGAACGUGCUCACCCUGCAGGCUGACACCGACUCUGUGGACUCUGGGGCAGUGGGGAGCGAGCCCAGGCUGCUCCCGGCCGGGCCGGGCCAUGGAGCUCGCUCCAUCG